GCGGUCUUAGGCUUUGCCUUCAAGAAGAAUACGGGUGACACUCGCGAGUCGCCCGCCAUUUUGGUCUGCAAGUACCUCCUCGAAGAAGGCGCCAAACUAUGCAUAUAUGACCCAAAAGUGCCCAAACAACAGAUUUACACUGAUUUAAGAUCUGCCGACAGACUCGACGACGAGAGACUCAUCGAAGUGGUCGACAGUCCAUACAAAGCCACGGAAGGCGCUCACGCCAUGGUUUUCUGUACCGAAUGGGACGAGUUCUUGAAAUUGGAUUUCAAGCGAAUGUAUGACCAGAUGCUGAAACCGGCCUUUGUUUUCGACGGCCGGAAGAUCGUGAACGUCGAGGAACUCCAAUCAAUCGGCUUUCACGUGGAGACCAUAGGCAGAAGGACUUCCAAACCGUUUAAGACUAGGAUCAAUCGAUACAUAUCUCACGAUUAAUUACUAUUUAUCACCUUUUAAGCUGAAACUAAUAAUUUAUUUUUCAAUUUCGAGUUUUAAUUUUAUAUACAUUUUUAUAAUUUUAUUAUUUCUAAUUGCAUUUAUCGUAUGUUUUAAUUUGCGGU